GAGCCACGCAAAAAAGGCGGAAGCUAAAGCGGAAGGUCUUUCCAAAAUUAUUACGGAGCAAGUUGCAGUGUCCAUCAUAGAUUAUUUCACGAGCUUCGUGCGGCCUGGCCACCACUCAAGGCCGCAGACACGAAAUGGAACCAUGCUAGCAGAUACGAUGAACAAUACGACGUUGGACAAUUGCUCCCGUGCUGGUGGGGGGACGCAUCUUAAUUCGUGGCACGGUUGGCCAUCAUGGCAGAGAACAAGAUGGAAAUAGCUCCGCUGAAGAGCAUGGAUGACUUCAUCUGUAACUCAGCACGAUUUCAAAUCCCGAACUUCAAGGAUCCAGACAAGUGGACAAACCGUGUCAUCCAUAACCUACUGUACUAUCAAACAAACUACUUUCUUCUGGCUAUCAUCAUAUUCCUCGUUGUUGGAGUGCUACAUCCCCUGCAGUUCUGCUGUGGCAUGCUAGCCAUCUGCGUGAUGUUCGUCAUCUUUUACCACAUCACCAACCGCAAGGCGAUGGCGACCCGAUUCAAGCGAGAUCACCCACUACUGAGCCUGCUGCUUUUCCUGGCUGGCGGCAGCUUCAUCGUCUACAUGCUCGGCUCGGUGAUGGUGUUCCUGUUCGGCAUCUGCCUGCCCACGCUGGUGAUGUUGGUUCACGCUUCAAUGCGCCUGCGCAACAUCAAGAACAAACUGACGAACAAGAUGGACGCGCUCGUGCUGAAGAGGACGCCGAUGGGCUUCUUUCUGGAGCAGCUGGGCGUGGAGAGCGACAAGUUGGUGCUGUGAGCGGCCGCCGGUGUGCCCGUCCUGCCGGCUGACGCGGCGGGCGGUGACCGGGGUCGCCUUCCGGUUUCGUCCGUUGUGACUGCGAGCGGUGCGGGACUGGCUCUCGGGGCGGGGUUCGGCCAGGCCGAGGCGAGCCGGACCGUCCUUGCCCCCUCCUGCCUCUGUCGCCACUCGGUGCCGAGCCAUCCGUGUGUUGCGGCGGCUGCGUCCGCACCUGCACCGCUUUCGUUUGACGGCAGCUUCUCACUCUGGAGGAUGGCGGCCUGCGGCUGCUCGGCUCACGUUCAGGCAACGGCUUGCGGCGUCAGCUUCUCUCGCAAUGUUGCUCUUGCGGACCAUUCCGGGGGCCUCCGUGGCACCUGCUGUGAUACGGUGAACGUUUAGGGCCCGGCUAGGCCGAUGGCGGGUCGUCUGUUUUUGUACCCGUGAGCCACUGGUGACGGAUAACGGGUGUAUGACGGAGCUGUGAUGGAUCUGAUGGUGGUUCCCAGGGUGCCUCAAAGGUAGCAGCAACGGAGGGUCAGAAGCUCCUUCACGUGGUUGGAGGGGGAGGGGGGGGGGGACGAAGUAGCACCAUACUUGCUGCGAGCCUAGUGCUCGUAUGUCGGUGUAUGAAAGCAAACGCCUUUAAAAACCUCGAAGACCCCCCUCCCCAAUUGCGACGUAUGGCAGAGCCCCUGAUCGUGAAGACUGGAGCCGAAGUAAGCUGUCGGACGUGCUGGUUCGUUUCUGGACGUUGAGCCAGUCAACACUGUAAUAACGAAGCAGUGAUUCGCCGUUACUCACGGUGGCGCUUGUUGGACGUCAGCUCAGCUCUCCUUCGCAGUGUUGAUAGAUGCUAGUACGCUAGUCCACUGUUGUGUCGUGACGGUUGAGGCCAGUUCGGCUGUUCCCCGCGGUGCCAGCAGGCGCCGGUUCGUCUGGCCGCUGUGGCGCCGGCAGACGCCAGUGCGGCUGUUCCCCGUGUCGCCAAGCAGACGCCAGUGCGGCUGUUCCCCAUGGCGCCAGCAGACGCCGGCGCGACUGGCCGCUGUAGUACCAGCAUACGCUGGUUCGGCUGUUCCGCGUGGCGCCAGCAGACGCCGGUUCGUCUGUUCCCCGUGGCGCCAGCAGACGCCAGUGCGGCUGGCCGCUGUGGUUCCAGCAUACACUGGUUCGGCUGUUCCGCGUGGCGCCAGCAGACGCCAGUGCGGCUGGCCGCUGUAACGUUUCCCUGACGCCGCCUGUUGCCCAUAUCGUCGCCUUUGCGCCUGGAGCCGGUGACCCGUGUGUGAUGCGAUCAGGCCAGAAGCCCGGCCACGGCGUCGCCGCCUGCUGACGAGAGCCUUCUGCUGUCAGCUGAGCCGGAGAAGCGGCCAGCUCGCGCUCGCUGCCCUGAUCCAGGCCGCCUGGCCAUGUGUGGCCGAUGAGUGAUCGGCGCUGCCAGUAUCUAGUCAGGUGUUGGCUGCUAUCCUGCUCUGCUUGGGGCACCCUCUCCCGUGUAUUUGGGGUGAUAACACGCGUCCUCCAUACGUCCUAAUACAUGCUU